CCCCCUGCGCUCCCACUCGCGCACACUUGCACGCCGGCCCUGGCCGGGCGGGGCUGGGGGCGAGAACGACCCCACGGGCUUUCCCAGGGCCGUCCGCCCGCGGACCCUCCCAGCUCCCCAGAGCCCAGUGACCCUCGCGCAGCAGGAGAACCCCAGACGGACCCCAGGCCCUGCAGCCUGUCAUGAACCCGAGGGGCUGAAGUUCAGCCCCACCCCCGCCUCCCCUCCCCUCCCCGCCUCCCCCUCCAACUCUCAACCCACUUCUCCAGCCGGCGCCCCAGCCCUCCCGCCGCCCGCUCGCAGGUCCCGAGGAGCGCAGACUGUGUCCCUGACAAUGGGAACAGCCGACAGUGAUGAGAUGGCCCCGGAGGCCCCACAGCACACCCACAUCGAUGUGCACAUCCACCAGGAGUCUGCCCUGGCCAAGCUCCUGCUCACCUGCUGCUCUGCGCUGCGGCCUCGGGCCACCCAGGCCAGGGGCAGCAGCCGGCUGCUGGUGGCCUCGUGGGUGAUUCAGAUCGUGCUGGGGAUCUUGAGUGCAGUCCUGGGAGGAUUUUUCUACAUCCGCAACUACACCCUCCUGGUCACCUCGGGAGCUGCCAUCUGGACAGGGGCUGUGGCUGUGCUGGCUGGAGCUGCUGCCUUCAUUUACGAGAAACGGGGUGGUACAUACUGGGCCCUGCUGAGGACUCUGCUAGCGCUGGCAGCUUUCUCCACAGCCAUCGCUGCCCUCAAACUUUGGAGUGAAGAUUUCCGAUAUGGCUACUCUUAUUACAACAGUGCCUGCCACAUCUCCAGCUCGAGUGACUGGAACACCCCAGCCCCCACUCAGAGUCCAAAAGAAGUCAGAAGGCUACACCUAUGUACCUCCUUCAUGGACAUGCUGAAGGCCUUGUUUAGAACCCUUCAGGCCAUGCUCUUGGGUGUCUGGAUUCUGCUGCUUCUGGCAUCUCUGGCCCCUCUGUGGCUGUACUGCUGGAGAAUGUUCCCAACCAAAGGGAAAAGAGACCAGAAGGAAAUGUUGGAAGUGAGUGGAAUCUAGCCAUGCCUCUCCUGAUUAUUAGUGCCUGGUGCUUCUGCACUGGGCGUCCCUGCAUCUGACUGCUGGAAGAAGAACCAGACUGAGGAAAAGAGGCUCUUCAACAGCCCCAGUUAUCCUGCCCCCAUGACCAUGGCCACAGCCCUGCUCCAGCAGCACUUGCCCAUUCCUUACACCCCUUCCCCAUCCUGCUCCGCUUCAUGUCCCCUCCUGAGUAGUCAUGUGAUAAUAAACUCUCAUGUUAUUA